AUGACCUCUCAUGGCAAGAUCUACACCUCCAGAAUCCCCGAACUCAUCGACUCAGGCUUGUGGAAUAACCUUGACGAGAUUGAGGAGCUUCUCCACCUGUGGGAUGAAUACCGCUGGGAAACUUAUUUCUACGGGUACCAGAGUCUCCUUCUCAAGUAUUCUGAGGUCGAAGAGGUUCCAGCUUCCACGACGCCUUGUACCACGCUUUGUCGAGAAAAUGAAAGUUUGUUGCAAGAGCAUCUGAGGUCCAUGAGUAGCGUGAGAAGUGCAGUGAAGGCGAAAAUGGCCACACAGCUGUCGUCAAGAAACAACUUCAGUGGCAAUGCUACGUCGAACAAUAAUGCUGCCACUCAGGCUGGAUUCUAUGCUGCUGGAGGAAUCGCAGGCAUGGUGGCACUUGCGUUAUUGUGA